AUGGCAGUGGAGCAGCUGUCAUGUCCCCGCAGCGCCGCUAGAGGUGCUGUGAAUCCGCCGAGCACUGAACUCUAAACCCCCGCAGAUCUGUUCAAUGAGAGCAGAAGAUAUCAUAAUAUCGAAAGUGCAUUAGUGGUCGUUUUAACGGUUCACCACCUCAGCAGGGAAUAAUAUUCCGUAGGAUAAGGAAUUCCGAUGAAUAUUCGGUGCAGUUGAUGAUCUGUGGCGUUUAUACAGUCUGUCCGGAGUGAGAUCCCGUAGAGGCUGAACCCACUGCAGCUGAUGUUCUCAGGGACCAGAGUCACGUGAUGUACGAAGGUAAACACAUCCAUUUCUCAGAGGUGGAUAAUAAGCCGCUGUGCUCCUACAGCCCCAAACUCUGCAAGCAGCGCAGAUUGAACGGAUACGCCUUCUGCAUCCGUCAUGUUCUGGAGGACAAAACCGCUCCGUUCAAACAGUGCGAAUAUGUGGCGAAGUACAACAGUCAGCGAUGCACCAACCCCAUCCCCAAAGCAGAGGAGCGACGAUACUGUAACAGCCACCUACAGGUGCUUGGCUUCAUCCCGAAGAAGGAGCGUAAGAAGAAGCAGGAUGCUCUGGAGGAGGUUCGCGCCCGCGCUCAUGUGGAGUCUGUCGCUCUGAACAUCACCGUUCCCUCUCUAGCUCUGAGAGACUCUAACGGGCUGGACGGCCUCCCCCCGUCUCCGCCCUGCUCCCGUCUGACCCCAAUGCACCUCUCGGACGCCGACCUCCUCGACCCCUUCGCCUUCUACGAGGAGGACACGGACGGGGAGGAGAGUGUGGCGCAGAAGAGCUCCGGCAAGUGGAAGCUGCCCGGCCGGCCGGUGAUUGGCCUGAGGGUGACCGCCCGGGACCCAGAGCGCCGCCAGCCGGACAUCGAGCACUUUAGCGCCGUCACUGAACCCUGCACACUUCCAACCUCCCCACACUUACCACAGCCACCUCCACCACCGGCUCCACCUCCGCCUCAACCCUCAGCGAGGCUCGUCCAGCCCCCUCAACAUACAGAGCGGCCCGCUUACGCCCAACAUGGGGCAGUGCAGACUCUGCUAUGCAAGCCAGCUCCUCCUCAGACUGGGCCUUCUGUGUUGUCUGGUCUGCUCCCGUCAGCUGGGGUUCAGCACCAGCCUGUUAUCCGGAGACCUGUCCCCGCUGCGUCCCCUCGCCCACCCGCUGCCCCGGACUGCCCGCAGCCCCGCUCUGUGGCCAUGCGCCCCGCUGCCUUUACAGCACCCCCUGUCUGCCUGCUCAGGCUACAGCACCUUGUGCAGCUCUACGCUCAGAGACAGAGAGAGCACGGAGACCUGUUCCCACAUCUUGGGCUAGACUGGUCCGAGGACAGUACAGAUGAAGACACAGAGGAGCUUGUUCCUUUAUUGCCUCAGGCCUGGAGACUUCAGGAAAGAAGCCCCCAUCAAAGCUCCUCCAACGAAAAGCCGCUUUCCCGGCGGGCACGUCUGGCACAGCUAUGUACAUACCUGCAGGAGAGGUAUAAACACCUGUGCCGACAGGACAGGGCAGCCACCCGUCACAGCAGAUACCGAUACGCCUUCCGGAAAGCUCUGCUCCAUGCUGCAAGCAAAGACCCAGACUGCACUGCACAGCUCAUUCAGAAACUCAGCAAGAACUCCCAGACCUCAGCCGGUUCAAGGUCUGCAGUACCACCCAAGUAUGAAAGGACAAUGUGUACGGGAACUACGAAAGGUCAAAACUGCAGCAACGUAGCUUUACCAUUUUCACGCCACUGUUUUCAACAUAUCCUACUGAAUCGCUCUCAGCAGCUGUUCUCCAGUUGCACGGCACGGUUCGCUGAUGGACAGCAGUGCUCCGUUCCUGUGUUUGACAUCACUCACCAGACACCUCUUUGUGAUGAACAUGCCAAGAAGAUGGAUAAUUUCCUGCGUGGAGAUGGCAACAGACGCAGUCUGCAGCAACAGCGGCGUCCACGUAAGAAGACCAAGCCGCCCGCACUGACUAAGAAACACAAGAAGAAGAGACGACGAGGUCCGCGCAGACCGCAGAAGCCCAUUCCCCCAGCUGUGCCACAGGGCAACUUGCUAAUGCCCUCCCUCUCACUGCCGACCCACCACGCCCAUGUCAGGAGUCCGUCGACCCCUGAACUCAGUGCAGAUGAGCUUCCUGAUGACAUCACAAACGAAAUGCCUGACAUUCCCAAUGAUCUUGAGCUGAAUCAGGAAGAUUUCUCCGACGUGCUGCCCAGACUACCCGAUGAUCUUCAGGAUUUCGACCUUUUUGAGGGUAAGAAUGGCGAGUUGUUGCCCACCACAGAGGAGGCAGAGGAGCUAGUCAGAGCCCUGCAGGCGAUGGGGUCGUAUCCCGACUCUCUGGUGUGUUUGUCCUCAAUGGGUGAACUCACCCCAGCGGACGGGGUAGACCACCGAACCAUGGCCGUGUUCUCGGGAUCAGGGGUCACGGCGACUGGCAUUGGAGACCUUCUGAACAGCCGAAUGACUUCCGAGACCUUUCAUAAUCUAGAGCUGGAGGGGAACCUCCUCCAUGCCCCAACAGACCAUCAUCAUUUCCCAGCAUCCCCUUCUCCCCAGCCAACCCAGAGCAGUACCUCCGCACCCUCUACAAGUUCCAAUGGUGGAUUAACAGAACGAACGUUUUCCCGAGUUCCCAAACCAGACUCCUCCCCACCAGGUAGUCAUUACAGCAGUGAGCAUGUGCCAUCGCCCUACAGGGAUCACAUCUCACCCCCACAUGGUGCCUCUUAUCAGACCGACCCGCCUCUCUUGCUGGAGGUGCCUUUGAGUGGAGCGCCAGGGCCUCCGCGCACCUCCUGGAAUAACCUCCCUCUCUCGCUCACAGACCCGGCACAGUUCGGUAACCUCCUCACUGCUGAAACUCACCUGCUCUCCACCGCUCUGUCCACCCCGCCUUCCACGUCCCACUCCACAAUCCUGCAGCCCACCGCCGCUCUCUCCGCUCUUCCCCAAACGGGCCUGACCGGCCUCACCACACCGUCAUCCUCGCCCUCUUCACGUGACCUCCUCACCCACACCCAACCUAAACUACAGCUCCCACAAUUUAGUGCAGCCUUUGGCCACCAACUGGCUUCCCACAGCGGGAUCCCCAAAGACCUGCAGCCCAGCCAUAGCUCGACAGCGCCACCUACAAGCUUUACCAACACUAGUGCCACUGCUGCCACUCCCCCAUUCCCUCAGAGCAACUGAGUUUGGGUAGAGAGACCAUGCUAUCUCACAUUUUAAAGAAAUAGUUCACACAAAAUGGAAACUUUUAAUUUUACUCAUGACUUUCUUUCAUCCGUGGAACAAGAAAGAGAUUUUGAACAAUGUUCACUCUCUGCUCUUUUCCAUAAAACGAAAUUAUGCAGUGACCAAGGUCUGUCAAGCUCCAAAAAAGCUAUUUCUGCACAUUCAAACUUGUGUAUCAUGAUAAAUUAUGACUUGAUGACCGAAGGCAUUUGGGAAGCACGUUUUCACUCACACCUCGUCACAUGUUGACACUUGGUCAGGUCUCCUUGGCGUCAUUUUUUAACACACAGGGUAACUUUUUAGCAUCAUUUUUCGACAAGCAGGGUAAUCCAUUGCUUUCAGUUGUUUGCCUUGUGUCUGAUCAAGAUGCAUUUAACUCUUUGCAUUUGUAAAAGUAGAAAUGAUUUUUAUAAAUAUUUAAACUUUAUUAGAUAUCACUUAAUCCCACCUCUACCCUAAACCUACCCUCUUCUCAACAAUAUAAAACAUGUAACAGGCAAAUAAAAUUACAGCAUUUAAUAUUAUAUUAUAUUAUAUUGUAUUAUAAUAUAUUUAUUGCAAAAACUGACCAAAAACUGUAUAAAAGUAUUUCAAACAAUUUGUGUUAUAUUCCAAGUCUUCUGAAGCCAUACAAUAUCUUUAUAUGAAGAACAUAGUGGAAUUUAAGGUCAAGAUACACCCAAACUCAGGAUUCAAGAUAUACCCAAACUUUAGCAUGAACCAAUUGGUCACGAGACACACGAGAGCCAAUGCCAUUUCACAAUCAAAGCUGAUGUAACACUUAUUCUGGCAGCAAUUUUUGAAUGUGCACAGGAUCUGAUCUUGAUGACGGAUGGCGACGGUGACUGCUUUUGUGUCGGUUCCUCACACAAAUGAUGUUUUAUUAACAAAGUUCGGGAGGAGCAUGUUCAGUUAAUUAACCUAAUUAACACAGGAAGAGGACAUUCAGUUAAUCAACUCAAUUAGCAUCAGGAGGUAUAUAUACAGCAGACUUACCUCUGUUCUGUGACAGUUUUCCAGCAUCCCUUCACCACCCCAUUUCCUCACUUUUAACUAUUCCUAUCCCAACCCGAGUAUUCAGGGUUCGGGCCAAAUUCCGAGCUUAGAGCCCUCCCCCUUGGUCAGCACGCCAAAUACGCAUAACCUUUACUCUGUUUAAUUAUAUGUAAGUGUGAACUCGUGAAAUCAAUCGUUUGGCCUCUGAACAUUUGGAAUAUUUGUACUUUUUGAAUAAAUUGUGACUAUUUGUAUCUGGUUAUGUUUUUUUUAUUUCCUGUGUUUUAUAUUAUAUAAUAUACGAAUGGGUAAGUUUAGGGAUAGGGAUUGGGUUAAAACAUGACUAAAUAGUGAAAAUAAAUAAAUGUAAAUAAAAUUAUGUUGGUUGAUUUACAUUGAAAACCACACCCCAACAUAUGUCUCAAUGGCAAAAUUAUACCCCAAUAUAUAAUUUCAUCUUGAUGAUAAAAUCUGUAUUUACUCUAGAGGUUUCUCAUUGAAAGCAAUGGAGUUCCCUGUUUGUUGAAGAAUUACCCUGAAAGGGGUACCCUGUGCAUUAAAAAGCGAAAGUCAAGUCACUUUUAUUUAUAUAGCGAUUUUUACGAUGCAGAUUGUGUCAAAGCAGCUUUACAAUGAUAACUGGUAUAUAAUUUUUGGCUGCACAGCAGCUCUUAAAGAAAAUGGUGUCAUUGUCUAGGUAAAGUAAAUUCAGUAUUGAAUCAAUAGUUAUAUUGAGGCCUUAGAUACCGUGGGGUCCUGACCAAGCGUCAAUGUGUGACGAGUUGGGAGUGAGAAUGUGUUGGUUUGGCGUCACUUAUGUCAAAGCUAAUGCGACACGUAUUCACGUACCAUAUUAUUCUAACUUCCAUAUUUGCCUAUAUGCACACAACUUUUGAUUGCUGUAAGAUUUUGAGCAAGUAAAGGCCUGUUCACACCAAGACUAAUUUUUGAGUGCAAUAAACUUUUUAAUUUAUAUGAACAGCUGUUAAUGCGUCUGUUCAGAUGGACUCGCCAAUAAAUCUUGCACUUUUGGCCACAUACCUGAAGCUGCUGCUGGUAUAUAAAACUAUGACUGGGCGACGCUCACAAACAGUAAGCGACAAUGAGUAGCCAGAGGAACCGGUUCUCUUGUCUCGUUACUCUUGAAUUUGAGGUUGUUUGUGAUAAACACCAAAGCAAAUACAAACAUCUGUAUGGCUGUUUGAAAGCAUGAACAUACUGUUUGACUUCCUUACUUCCCUGUGACAAGUGGGUGUACUGCUAUGCAUAUGCAUAAGCACCACUUACUGUCACAGAGUGAAUUUGCAUUUUCAUUCAGCCCAUAUGCCUUUUUUUUGUUUGUUUUUUUGCAUUGGUCUUAACAGACGAAUUGGUCUGAAAAUCAAAUUGGUAUAAACAGGCCUUAAUGACUUAAUUUUCAGUCUGUUCCCAACACAAAGCUUUCGUAUGAAGUCAGAAGACUUGGAACAUAGUGUACUAAGUCAUAUGGAUCAGUUUCAUGGUGCAUUUUUGGAGCUUGAAUGGCUUGAAAUUGACUUUAUUUGCAUGGAGAAGAGCAGCAUGAAUAUUCUUGAAAACAUCUUUUGUGUUCUACAAAGGAAAGUCUGUCAUGGGUUUAGGGUUUCUCUUUUGGGUGAACUAACUGUGACUGGCACCAUAGACCAGCAGCAGAUUUGAGUCUUUCUGGACAUGUAUCUCUGCUUGGUCGGUCAACAGUGUCCAUCCUAUGUUUAUUGUUGUAGUGACCCAAGAAUUGUGUUCUGCCCUUAAAUACCCCUUUUUCACCAAAUGGUGCUAGUGCUGGAGCCGGUGCUCGGUUGGGAGAUCUGCGGAGCCUCCUCAGAGCCGACCCGUAGUGAGAGCAAAACAAUGACCUAACUGACAACAUUACUACAUAACCUGCUCAUGUGCAUUGCAGCCUUAGUUCAUUCCUAGUUUUGAGAACUUAUUUUCACAUCCAGAGUAAUUGUCAUUAGAAAAAUGAACAUAGAAAUGUCAACUGAAGUAAUAUUUUUACAUUUUUAUUUUUAACAUUUAAUUUUAUUUUUAAUGGGAGUCUUUUACCAUCCAGUGGCACUCCACAGGCUCUUAACAUUACUACUUCUACGAUUGAGACCAGCAGGUUUAGAAGCUAAGGAUCAAAACCAACUUUUUUCAGUGAAAACAUGCAAAAUGGUGCCUUGCACCAGCACUGUGUCGGUGGAAAAGGGGUGAUGGUCUGUUGUAGUAAGGCUAGUGAAUCAUAUUCUUUCAUAUUACUUAUUCCAUUAGUUAUUUUUCAAAUGAGAGUAGCAGGUGUCCUGUAGAGUCCUUGUGUUAGGAAGGUGCUUGUGUGUGUUGGCUGGAGAAAAACAGGACAAGACUCUGGUUUAUAUUUGGUAUUAGCAUCUGUCUCAGGUGAUCUGAUCACAACACUAAGGAAUUCUCUUUUACACCAGUUAUUAACAUGCAUCUCCUGUGACCUUAUGACAGGUUUUUGUUUUCAUGAAUACAUCAGUGUCACUGCAUGUUAAUGAAGCAAAAGACUGGCACACUCAUGCUCUCAAAUGUACUUGAUACAAGACAUAGAGAAUAAUUUAGAGUGCAUGCACAUUUUUACAAUUCAUUUAAUAUAAAAAUGUUAACUUUGCCUCCCCUUGCAUACAACAUCUCUUCUCUGAUGACGUGUGCAGUGGUGAGAAGGCGGGACAGUCAUUUUCUCCAGCAAUCUGUCACUCACGGAAGAUAGCAGCAAUUGGCAAACGACGACAAUCAAUUCCCAAUGGACAAAAUCAAGUCCCACCCUUACAUUUUUCAGAAAGUUUCCCCCUGGUAUUAAGAUGCGUUUUGGUCGAUCGAAUCAAGUGUACGACGCUAAAUACAGUGUAAACAAGGUCUAAAACAUUUUGAGCUUGUCUACUUUCAACCACUUCCAGAGGUAGUUGAAAAACGCAUUCGACCGGAUUGCUUUCGUAGUAGAAACGCUCAUGUGGUCGAAUGUUGAACAGCCACUAAAGAUUGUCUAUGUCUACUGAUCUAAUGCGUAAACAUGGGAAUCGCUCUAGCCAGAUGGGAUUUAAACUUUGUCGGCUGAAGACCCAAGUUUGGUUUGAACAUGAAAAAUGUACCAAGCACCAUGUUCUCCCACCAUUCCUGAUUUCUAACACACACUGAAAAGCAUUUGGCUGGUCUUGCAGCUGUCAGAGCAGAAACGAAAGCUGAUGCUCUCUGUAUGUUUUUCCAUCCUCUCUGGGCGCUUUCAUAUGUAAAUUGCGCAAGCUUAUUUUGUCCAUUAGAUCGAAAGGUCUGAAAAAGCCAUACAUUCACCCGCCUAUAGACCCUUGCCUCGAAGAAAUCAGGUUAGUUGUUGAAAGUGGACAAAAGAGACGGCUUUGCGUUUUCCUCGUCCACUUGUGAUCCGAUCGACCAAAACGCACCUUAAUACCAGGUGAAAACGGGGCCUGUUAUAUACAUCACAAUAAUACAGAAGAAUAUAUGGUCACAAUUUCGGUUAAUGGCAACUUUAUAGUUGUACCCUAGCUCGCAAACUUUUGUCCCAGUGAAGGUGGUCCUUCUCUGUUGUCCAGGAUGCAUUAGUGUAAUGCGAUUGUUGCACCUCUGAAAGUGUGUUUUGGUCACCCAAGAUGAAUACCAGGUAUAAAAAAAACGAAGCCUAAAUGAGCACAGCAACACGGUCAUGGUGGCAUUGCAGUUGUACAACUUUCAGCCAGAUUUCAGAGAGUAUCCCAGAGUGUGAACUCCAGCACAGCCAUCAACCCUCCUGUCAUUCAGCAGUCUGUCUCUCAGAUACCAGGGCCGGUCUAAGCUUGAUGUGGUCUCAAGAGAAUCCACCAUACGACUUGUAAUCAGGACACAAAUCUGUAUGACUGAACAGUAUGAUUUGUUCAUGGGUUUUUGCACACACUCAGUGGACCAGGCCUGGACUGCUCGCGUCACAAGCUUAAUUAAAGCAAUAAUCUCCUCAGCAGAGCCUCCCACGCCAGUCUUCAGGUGUGGCUCACUCCUUCAGUGACAAACAGCUGGAUCUCAUUCUCCUCCAACGGUUUCAUUCAUGGCGUAACUGUUUGAUUAACAGCAAAGCUCUCAACUUGCUAAUCAUGUAAAAACACUGACAUGGAACUCAUUCAGCGAAGAGUAAACAGAAUAAUGACACUUUGAGGUAAUUUUUUGCCAAAUAUGAGUUAAAAUGUUUGUUCUCCUUCAUGGUGCUUAAUCAGUUUAGAGCCUCGUUUGGUCUUUCUAACACAAGAGCCCUUGGUGGCAAGGUUUCAGAGUACAGUAGAGGUGGCGGGAGGGUGGAUGUCAACUGAAACGACCCUGCGGACAUUUGGUGCAAUUUCUUUGGAGAAUGGUUUGUGCAGCCUGAUGGUUCUUCUCCAGACUUCCACAGAAGUGUCAGGUUCAAACUCAGCCAUUUUUAGCCACCGUCAGUCAGCCUUACGCCACGUGGGACCAAUGUUCCCUGCAGAUUUCGUUUUCUCUUUUGAAGUUCUGACCGUAAAACCAAGGUUUUUGGUAGAUUUUAGACACUGAACAAUGAUCUCAUAUAUUGUUAAGUAUUUAAAUAUAUUUAUAGAAUAGAAACCUCUAGAUUGGGUUUUAUUGGGUGAAUUGAGUGGCGAAAGAUAAACAUGAGAUUUUAAAAAAAAAAAAGAAAGAAAACUAGUCAUUUGCAAAAUACUUGGUGGAACUGAAGCAUUUAGUGGCAUAAUGUUUAGUAGUUUUAAUGGCUAUCAAAACUCUCGUGAUUAAUCAUUUUUAUUGAUGUUGUGUAUCUGUGUCAUUUAUUCGGACGAUGAGACUGUGAUCAUGUGCAACAGUAUUUUUGAUAGCUAUUAAAAAGUAACAGUCAGUGGUCGCUGAAAGACAUAAAACCACAACCCUUAUUCACGCUUACUUUGAUCUAGUGUUGUCAAAAGUACCAACCGUGAUACCAAGUGGGAACUGAAGUUUUAAAAAUGUGAUGCUUUGAGCGCUGUUGAGUGGAUUCGUAAACACCUCUGAUUGGCAAUAUUCACGGGCUCGUCAGAUAUGUCUGUGAUUGGCUACAAUGAUUAAUGCUUAAAAAACAUAAUAGCAUUAAUGCAAACUCCUCACCUUUUUGAGAUCAAAGUAGGUCACCAAUGGGAAUUGCAUAGAUCCAAUGAGAAAGUGUUUUCAUGGGGUGGUCUUACAGGGGUAAACAAAGAACUGGUUGUUUCAGUAAGUACUGUACAGUGUUUCCUUUACUCUUUACUUUAAAAUUACUAUGUCUAUAAUGGGUACUAUUUUAUGUAUUUGAGGUCUGAGAUGUGGCAAACAGUAUUGCCGUCUAAUUAGCCAAUAUUGUCUUAAAAAUCCUGCAUAGCACUUCGUCUUUUAACCAAAUGUUAAUUUUGGUGAAAUGUUGCAACAAUUUAAUUUUUUUCAUGAAAAAUUACAGUUUUGGACAUGUAGGGUAAUAAAAAAUAACUACAAAUGAGCAUGUAAAGCAAACCCUGUGCAAUGUUCUCACCUUUUUUCCCCCUUACCUGUUUGCAUCCCUGUAAUAGACAUCAUAAUAGACAUGACGCUCUUCACAGAGCGCUUACACAGAUAUGGGAUACGCUCCUAUGUGUUGAUCAUUGUAGCCAAUCACACAUAUCUGUUGAGCACAUGAACACAGUGGCCAAUCAGAGGUGUUCAAGAAUCCACUCAACAGCGCUCAAGGCAUCACAAUUUUAAAAAUUUCGGUAUCGACUUCGUUUCGCGGUCGGUGCUUUUGACAACUCUACUUUGAUCCAAUCUCACUAGUCCAAAAGAUAAUGGGUCUCAUUCAUGAAAAACCAGCAGAAUGUUGUUAAUUUAUGGUUUCUCAAACAAUUAUUACACUGAAUAAAACCAAUUUCUAAAAGUCAGUGUGACCGUUUAUAGAAUUGAUUCAGUUGGUUCUUACGCCAACUGUCGCGUUGAAUUGAACAGUUCUGUUCAUUUGUAAAACCAGUAGAAUAUAAAAUUGUUGCAUUUGAAUCACUCAAAUUUACAUUGUUAGAUUCAUCUGAAUGAAGUUUAUGUAUUAAUGAUUUUCUGAAGAUUUUUCAUGAACGAGAUCUGUUGAGUGCCAGAAUGAUCACAGGCCAUUGCUUCAUUUUCAGUGAACCUCAAGAUUCCUCCCCAUAAACGUCUUGUGUUCAGAUGCACUUUCACCUGCACUUCGUUCCACGGGUUCUUGUGAACAAGAGUCGUCUUUGUUUAUUCUCCCCACCAAUGUUCAUCAGUUGUGACAAAAGCCUUUUCGUUUCUCUAACGAGCUGAACUGUUGUGUGCGGUCCACGUUUUUACUGUGUUACUACUGUGUGUGCUGUGCGAAUGACGGCAGGUCUGCUGCACAGAGAAACCCCUGACAGAAAUCGCUUGCACUCUGCGUUAGGAUGGCUGACUGAUUCCUGUACUCACUGAAUGUACUGUAGAACUGUUUUUAAAACUCAUAGGAUAGUCUAGUCACCUUUUGUUAUUGGUCUUUAAUUUGUCUAAGGUAUUUUUUUGUAUACAAAAGUUUACAUUUUUAUGUAUAUUUUUCUUGUGUAAAAAUUAUGUAAUAAGUGUAUAAACAUUGUAUGUAAUAUCUGUAUAUAGAGUGAGAAAUUUUGAUCUUGUUUUUUGAUGUAAGAAUUAAAAUUGUGUGAAUUUG